AUGGAUUCUAAUUUUGUUGCAUCAGAAAUUGUGGGAAGAUUGCGAAAAAAGCACACUGCUACUAUUGAUGAGCUUUGGGAGACAUACAAGGCAAUUGCUAAGAUUUUUGGGGAUUGGGAGGAGUCUUACCAAAGGUUGCGAAAGUUGUUGUUGGCAUACUUGGAUCAGGAUUCGGGUACCCAGUAUAGCUAUCACACCAUACCUAAGCCAUUAGAAGGUACUACGUUACUGCGCUAUGUAUAUUGGGCAUUCGCUCCAUGCAUUGCUGCAUUCCAGUAUUGCAGGCCAGUGAUCAGUAUUGAUGGAACUCAUUUAUAUGGUAAAUACAAAGGGGUAUUGAUGAUUGCAAUGGCAACAGAUGCUAAUCAAAAGGUUUUGCCUAUCGCCUUUGCUGUUGUGGAUAAGGAGUCAGGGGCUAGUUGGGGGUGGUUUUUAGAGUGUCUCAGGACUUCGAUAGAGCGUGUUAUUGAAAACAAAGACAUUUGCAUUAUUUCUGACCGACAUAAAGGUAUCAAAUGCGCCAUUCGAGAGUGGCCUAGAGGGCAAGACGGAAGAGAACGGGUAUAUCAUCGAUAUUGCCUUCGACAUAUUGCUAGCAACUUCAACACACACUUUGAUAACCCGACUCUAAAGGCAUUGGCCUUGAAAGCUGGAUAUGCGACUCAUGAUGCUAAAUUUGUGUCCAUAAUGCAAACCAUUAAAGAGGCCGAGAUUAAUUUACUGAGGGGUGUAGACCCUACUGAUCGCCGGAUUAUACGUUAUAUGCCAUACACAUAUCUAAUGAGUGAGGAUGUAGACAAAUGGACCCAGUCACAUGAUGAUGGAAGACGUUACGGGGCAAUGACAACCAAUAUCUCUGAGUGCUUUAAUGGGGUUCUUAAAGGUGCCCGCGGUUUGCCCAUUGCUGCAAUGGUUGAGUUCACUUUUUUUAAACUUGUUGCAUAUUUCCACGAUCGACAUAAACAAAUUACUUCUGAUCUCUCUCGAGGUAAGGUGUGGAGUGAUUAUGCAAUGGAGAUCUAUAACAAAAAUGAGCAGAAAAUUGCAGGACACACUCUGAGGAAUUAUAAUCAUGCAGAGGGUAUAUAUCAAGUGGUUACCCCGUAUAACGACCAUAGAGCUGGAGGGGGAAAUCACAGUCAUGAUGUGCGCAUAUUUGAUAGAACAUGUGGUUGUGGAAAGUGGCAAAACUUGAAGAUCCCUUGUUCACAUGCAAUUAAAGUUCUUAAUGGUCUGCAUCUCGAUGCGCCCAGCUAUAUUGACCCAUGUUACAGUCUGAACAACGCCAUUCUCACAUAUUCACAUAAUUUUGUGGUGCCAAAGUCAGAGUCAUUAUGGACAGACGUUCGCGGACCACGGUGGGUGCCUGACCCACAAUUGUUGUGGGCCAAAGGUCGUCCUACGAUGUCAAGAAUAAGGAAUGAAAUGGAUGGGGUACGGCGAGAACGGGGAAGCCGGAGGGAAGAUCCGGAGUUGAGGGAGAUUCAACCGAGGCAACGAUGUAGAGUGUGUCAUCAAGAGGGGCAUAACCGUAGAUGCUGUCCCAAUUCCCAUGGGGCUUCGACAAGUGGUAGUGCUAUGAACUAG